AUGACAUGUUUGCUGCAGGAGCGGAUGAAAGAUUUCGGGCAGGAUGACCUUAUCGCGGCCCAAAACACAAGCGGCAUUGGCCCCGUGGAAAGAGUGGCGAUACGACAGCUAAAGGAACUGUCAGCUAAUGGGCUGGAGAAGUUGAUGAAGGAGCACCAACUAGACGCGAUUGUGACGCCCGGCAGCGACGCUUCUAGCCUUCUUGCCACAGGUGGUCACCCUGGCAUCAUUGUGCCAGCGGGGUUUAACGAGCAAGGGGUUCCCUUUGGCAUAUGCUUCGGUGGGCUGCAGGGGUACGAGCCAAGGCUGAUCGAGAUGGCAUAUGCAUUCGAGCAAGCUACUAAAGUGAGGAAGCCACCCAUGUUCAAGCCCUAG